CGCAAUCUUCCUCGUGAUGAGCGCGUAAAUCGACGCGUUGCGGCCCCGUGAUGGCAGAAGCAUCUGUGAUUGACCUCACUUCUUCACCUCCCGCCGCCACACCUCCAUCAUCUUCGCACCGGCUGCCCACCGUAUCUGCAGCACAAGCGCUGCAAGAAUUGCACAACUCACGCUCAAAGUGUGUGUCGACCGGUCUGCCUAGUCUUGAUGCCAUUCUUGGCGGCGGGUUGGAGCGAGGGAGAGUCACGGAGAUUUGGGGCCCGAGUGGUGCAGGCAAGACUACGCUCAUGUAUGCGCCUACAUUGCGAGUGCUGAAUCCUACUGAUCUCCGUCUCUCAGACUCAAUGCAGCUGCUAGUGCUCUCGAUGGAGACGGUUCGGUCAUGUGGAUGAACACGAACAAGGCAUUGCAUCCCUCACGAACAAAGUCCCUGAUUCCGGAGUCAAGUUCAAACGGACUGCGUUCCAAACAGUUCCGCUCUCUCGACAUCCCGAGUCUCUCUCACCUCCUGGCAUUCAUCCUCCAUCCACUCCCGGACGCCCUCCCACCAUCCUGCGCCCUCCUCGUCAUCGACGGCCUAGACGGCCUCCUGGAACUGGACUACCCGCGCUACCAAUCAAUGACACCCAACCAAACCGAGCAAAAGAAGUGGCAAGCCGGCCGACGCUACGCCACGCUGGCAGCCCUCAUCACAGCUCUAAACAAACUUGCCGUCCUCAACAACCUCGCCGUCGCAGUCACCACCGGCUGCGCCACGAGAUCCCGCUACGAUAACGGCCUCGGCGCGGCUCUUGUUCCCGGCGUCGGGGCCUCGGAAUGGGAUGCGGGCGUCUGGAAUCGGCUGGCCGUCUUUCGCGAUCACCAGAGUAGGUUUGUGGGGGUGCAGAAAUGUCAAGGCAAACAUCUCGUCCCGCGAGACGAGGCGGGCGGGGUGGGACGUGUCGUCAGCCUCUGGAUCACUGGAGAGGGUGCAGUCCGCAAGCACGAUGGCAAUGCAGGACUAGGGAGGGAGAUUAUACUUUCGCCGCAGAAGCAACCGGCCAAGCCUUCUCUCAAACGCUCAUUCGAUGAGGUCGCAGAUUCGGAAGAUGAGGAUGUGGACGAAUACGGAUGGGUGGACUCUGACGAACAUGCUCUCAAUCUCGACACCCUCGUGGAGCCUACACAACCCGUGGAGAAUGACACGGUACCAGAUUGAGCUGCUCGACUAUGCAUAACACAUACAAACCGGUCCGACAUAUCCAGCGGCCAGACCCAUGG